UCAUCGGAAUCCUCGUCGGAGUCCUCAUCGUAUUUACCCUCUUUCUUCUCUCCCUCUGCCUCACCUCCCGCCGCCACCGCCGCCGCCGAACCGUUGCCGGAAAAUAUUCAUCCGCUGGAGCACCACCAGCCAAGGAGAUCCAGGAGAUAGUCCACCUCCCUGGACCACACAUGCUCCGGCAGCCUCAGGCGCCGGCGCCGGUGCCAGAGAUUCACGUUGACUUCGGAAAAGUGGAGCAUCGUGUGGUGGUACACUCUGAUAACAACAACAACAGCAACAAUAGAGGAGUGUCUAGUGGUGAAAGUAAAGGAACUGUUAGUGGCUGUGAAACGACAUCGUCGUUUGGGAGUGGGAGUGUCGUUUUGGGGGUUGGUGGUGGUGGUGUUGGUGUGGGACCUGAGGUUUCUCAUCUUGGUUGGGGAAGAUGGUACACUUUGAGAGAACUUGAAGCUGCUACUAAUGGAUUGUGUGAAGAGAAUGUGAUUGGUGAAGGUGGUUAUGGCAUUGUUUAUUCUGGCGUUCUAAGUGAUGGUACCAAAGUUGCUGUCAAGAAUCUCUUGAAUAACAAGGGCCAAGCUGAGAGAGAAUUUAAAGUAGAGGUAGAAGCAAUUGGUCGAGUUCGACACAAAAAUCUUGUUAGGUUACUUGGCUAUUGUGUUGAGGGGGCCUACAGGAUGCUUGUGUAUGAAUAUGUGAACAAUGGGAAUCUAGAACAAUGGCUGCAUGGGGAUGUUGGACCUUUAAGUCCUUUGACAUGGGAUAUACGCAUGAACAUCAUCUUGGGAACUGCAAGAGGAUUGGCAUAUCUUCAUGAAGGUCUUGAACCAAAGGUUGUCCACCGGGAUGUGAAAUCGAGUAAUAUACUCAUUGAUCGCCAAUGGAACUCUAAGGUUUCUGAUUUCGGGCUCGCUAAACUUUUGUGUUCUGAGAAUAGCUACGUCACAACUCGAGUGAUGGGGACAUUUGGUUAUGUUGCACCGGAGUAUGCCUGCACCGGAAUGUUGACCGAAAAGAGUGACGUUUAUAGCUUCGGGAUACUCAUCAUGGAGAUAAUUACCGGGAGGAGUCCUGUCGAUUAUAGUAGACCACAAGGAGAGGUUAACUUAAUAGAUUGGUUGAAGACUAUGGUUGGGAAUAGAAAAGCUGAAGAGGUAGUUGAUCCUAAGCUCCCUGAGAUGCCAACCUCCAAGGCCCUUAAACGUGCUAUAUUGAUUGCCCUUCGAUGUGUUGACCCUGACGCGACAAAGAGGCCUAAAAUGGGACAUGUGAUCCACAUGCUUGAGGCAGAUGAUCUGUUAUUCCAACAUGAACGAAAAACUGAGGGAGAAUCUUCGCGUUCGCAACGACAAGAGCGCAAGGACUCAGAUUUAGAUAAGAGGAUACCAGAUGGAGGGAUCACUGAUCAAAGUGAAGAUGAUACUAGUAGAAAUCACCAGCAGCAUACUAGGUGGAGAUGAUAAAUUAUAGUAGUAUGAUAAUUAUUUAAGUCAUUAAAUAGCAAUAUGUUCUCACUCUUUUUUGUCUUUAGUAAUUUCCCAUUUUUAUAUAUUUAUUCCUAGCUUGCUUUUUAAAAACAAAAAAAAAAAUCUAAUUUUUUUCUUCUUUUGAUUACAUAAUUUUGUGCCUGUUGUUAGUGACACCAAUUUGGGAUCCAUAUUCAUGUGUAUACUACUAUGAUUCAUUAUUAUAAGUGAAAAAAAAAAAAUCUUGUGUUCAUAUGAAACAAUUUUGGAUAAGUAUUACCCUACAAAAACAGAAAGAGCUGAAACAGAAUGAAGAAUGAGACCACUUUGGCUCCUACAUUUUUGGAUUUAGCAUUUGCAUAAUGGUCCCAUAAUUAAGAAUGUAACAGUGCUAAUUUGUGGCCCCUCAAUUAGUUAUAGUUGCUGUGCUCUGAUUGAGCAUUGAGCACCACACCUACCAUCCAGCUAUGUUGAUAGGAGCAAUUUGAUUGAUUGCAUCAACAUCAUUGCCAACUCCAUUGUUGGAUUCUUGUGGGAAAAUGGACCUUCCUAACAGGGGUGAUCACUGAUCAAUGAUCAUUGAUCAAUGUCAACUUGUGUGAAGCUUUUUGUCAUU